AUGAUGGACGGCGCGACACCACAGGCCCGUUCGCAAAGAAUACCGCAAGAGGUUCCAGAUUUGACCGAUUCGUACACCCGAGGCAAUGUGAAUCAAUGCCGAGGAGAUACCCGAAUACUAGAAAUUCGGACAAACGGCGUCUUGAUGUCCCAAUUUGGGGGCGUUAUCGACGAAGACAUGCGCGCCUUCUCCACUUGUUGGCGUCUCCAAGCGACCCGGAGCAUCGUCAUCGCUGAAUUGCUGCCCAUUUACACCAUGAUAUGUAAUGAUGGUUCAAAUCAGUAUCGUUCAAUCUGGUUUAAUAUCGGCUGA